AUGGGUCUCUUCGCCUACUUCAACGGUGCUGAGCCUCAGAAUGCUCCCAGUGUCGUGACCCACAGCGCUGAGAAGGCGAAGAAUUCAUUUGCUGACCCACCAGCUGGACAACCUACUCCGGACGACGUUCCUCUCCCCCAGUUAGCUAUCGCGGAAGCUUCGUCACCAGCAGAACCUCCCCCGAAACCUAAAGCACGACUUCUGUCGAUACCGACAUUCACAAGGCCCUCACCAUCUCACAAGGAGCACUCCAACAAACACAGGACCAUCUUGACUGGUGCACAGGAGCACGAGAGGGAGUCCAAUGUAGUAGUCGCGCUGUCAAAACGAAUCGCAUUCUCAAGGAGGUCCAAGUCGGAGAACCGGGCGAAGAAUACAGCCCUCAUGGUCAGAGACAUCAUCUCAGGACCUUCAGCAUCAUCUCCUACUGUCACCACUGCCAUCGCUAAACCCCGAAUGAGCAAGUUGAAAUCCGAUUUGUCCAAACCCAAGACCGCCAACAAAGUCAUCGCUCAACUCCGUGCUCUCCCACCUGCAGACAACACGGAUAGUCCCUCGAAAGACCGUGUCUCAUCAAUUAAAUCUUCCGUACCGAUUCAUGCCGUCUGCUUGGAACACUCCGAUGAGAAAGAAGAUGAAUUACACUUCGCUCAGCUCUCAAUUGGAGAAGGCGACGUAGCUGAACACAACCCGGUGGACCAGUUUUCUACUCUUAUCAGCGAGAUGCGUGUUGUGGAUUUCCUCAAAUCGGCUGAUUUUGGGUUGGGUCAACCGGGGGAUGGAGAAGGCCUUCUUGCUGGUGCUAUUCCCACGGCGGAAACAGUCAUAAACGGUAUCGAGAGAAUCACUCCGGAGCUCAUGGCUCUUGGAUAUGCAACAGGAAGGUCAAUUGCCCCGGAUCAUACUGGCGUUUAUCCGCCAACGGACCGGAUAUCUGUAAUUACAUAUUGGUGGGGACUAGAAGUUAUUCUUCCUACCCCCACUAUUGCAUAUCUAGGUACCGUUAAAUCGAUAUCCAAUACCGCAGUGAAUUAUCUCUCUGCAAUCUCUCUCGCUAGCUCGGGUGUUCGCGAAAUUCUUCCUUUUGUUCGGUACAUGGCUCAGUUCAUAGAAUUUGAGUUCAAUGCUAUCAAAGGACAAGAUAAGGGCCAGGGUGUGGUCUGUGCUGCUACAUGGAUAAUGCCGGCUGCAUUAGUUCCCAGACCUUGGGAUUUUCCUACUCCGCCUCUAGCACCGGGUAAAGUUGUUGAGGAACCCAGUGAGGAACCGGCGACCGACAAAGGGGGGGACGUGAAGCCUGACAGCUCUGUCACGAAAGUGCCUCCUGCUCCUGCACCUCCAGCAGCCCCCAAUUCUCCGACCACACCCCCCACUGUGACGAAUCCUCCAGCAAGGGUCCCGCCGUCAGCACCUUAUACCCAACCAGAGGAUGCUUCGACGAAUCAGCCAGCCAUACCCAGUCUCCCCAUUAUGAUUCCCGUGACUUAG